UACUACGGGCCACUUUUAACUGAUCUGUUUCAUAAAAUCUCAAUAAAAUGCAUUGAGGCUUGUGGCUUGAAAGGCCUCUCAUAUAUUGUACUUGUUUAGCUUUCACCAUCAGUUUAAUCCCUUUAUCUGGCACUUCUAAGCAGUGUAUAUCACCAGGCGAUCAGUUUCCUGCAGGGCCAUCUGACACCUAUGAAAGGCAACUUGCUGCCCUGAGUGAGUCAGGUGAUCGGGGGCUUUUAGGUAGAGUCGCACCACGAAACCCAGUCUCCCUCCAGCGAGACACGCCAGUAGCCAAGAUGACCUUCAUUGCUAAGACCUUCUACGACCUGAGGGCCACCUCGCUGGAAGGGGACCCUGUGGACUUCAACGUCUUCAGGGGACGCGUUGUCCUCAUAGAGAAUGUGGCCUCGCUCUGAGGCACCACCACCCGGGACUUCAGCGAGCUCAGUCAGCUACAGAGCAAGUACCCUCAUCGGCUGGUGGUCCUGGGCUUCCCAUGUAACCAGUUUGGAUACCAGGAGAACUGUACCAAUGGCGAGAUUCUGCAUUCACUGCAGCACGUGCGACCAGGCGGCGGCUUCAAGCCCAACUUCACCAUGUUCGAGAAGUGCGACGUCAACGGAGCAAACACACACCCAGUCUUUGCCUAUCUGAAAAGCAAACUCCCCUUUCCCGAAGACGACCCCAGCUCCCUCAUGCAGGAUCCCAAAUUCCUGGUUUGGAGUCCGGUCAGCAGGGCGGACGUCUCCUGGAACUUCGAGAAGUUCCUCAUCGGGCCGGAGGGAGAGCCCUUUAAGAGAUACAGCAAGAAUUUCCCAACUAUUGAUGUAGAGCCUGACAUCCAAAGACUGCUAAGAUUAACAAAGACCUAAGAAUAGCCUCUGCCACCUAAUGGCUUUUCAUCCAUUACUGUCAAAACUGGCAUGCUGGCCUCCACACAUUUAAGCCUUAAUAAAUGAGGGUGAUAUUUUAAAUCGUUGAUGGAAUAUCAUCUGAGGUCACAUAAGUGCUUAAAAUUAGUGGAAGUUCUUUGUAUUUUUCAAAAAAUAAUAAAUGUAUUUUAUAGAGUAUGAUCAUUGGGGAAACCUGAGAAUGGAUCCUUUCUGUUUUUGGUCUUACGUUAGUGCUACCAGCAGAUGGCGCUACCGAACCAUCUUGCAAAUAGAAACACCAGUCACGCUUUUAUGAAUUGGCAUUCAAAGAGCAAACAAAAAUGUUUGUGCUGAAAUAAAAUCUUGAAGCCUA